AUGUUUUCCUUUCUAACAUCGAUCGGCGAGCCAACGAUUUGGCGGAAAUUUCACGAUCUCAUCAUUGUUUUAUGCAUUUUGUUUGGGUUGCUGGGCAUCUACGCUCUACUCACUUUUAUCUAUCUUCAAGAUUGGUCUUUUUUCGAAAAUGCUCCAGAUAUUAGUGAAAAUUUGGAGACAACUCUGGAUACAAUACUUGUAAUAAUGACGGAUUGUGUAACUUGCCUCAGUCUCAUCACCACUUCACUUGCUGCUUACUUUGCCGCCGCAAAUGAUCGUUUAACGAUUCCGAUACGAAUCCUGGCUUCCGCCGAGAAUGUGAACAAAUUUGUUUGGAGUGUUUGUUAUCUGCUCACCUUUGCCUGUCGAACGGAAGGCGGCUUAUUUCAG